AUGUUGUUCUCCACGAUACGCGGCACGGCCGAGCCGUUCAGGUCGAUGCCCCAUGAGUCGGCAUGGGUGUCGGUGGCCUACGUGACGCUUGGCUUCUUCGGGUUCGUCUGCAAUUGCCUGGUAGUAGCGAUGAUACUCAGCGUUUCGGCUUACCGAAAGUCCGCCUACCUCUUAAUGGCAAAUAUUGCGGUGGCUGACGCGGUACAGUCUCUGAUUGUUGGUUGUUAUACGGGAUAUGUGCUCGUCGCCCACGCCAUCACCCAGCAGCACACUCAGCUAUUUGGGGCCACCGCCAAUUCAACAAUAAUUAACGAAGACGAGGCUGCUGUUAAAAAUCAGCUGGUAUGCGUGUUGACCAUCACCGCCUGGUUUGUGAUGAUCUACACAUACGCGGUGCUAGGGAUCAAUCGAUGUGUUUCGACGUGUUUUUACAAGACAAAACUCCGGAAGUUUAAUCGACUCCGCUGUACACAGUACAUGAUCGUUGGCGUGUGGGCGAUCAGCAUUAUUGGAGGUGUUGCUGCAUCCUUUCCCGAGCCAAUCAUCGUCGUGCAGAUCCACAUCUGGACGAUGCGGUUUAUUAAUUUUAACGCACGAUCUCAGGCCUUCAUCCUUUUCAACAUUAUCGUCAACGCCGCAUCAAUCUGUCUCCAAUGGGUGUGCUCCAUUUUCGUACUGUCGACGGUGCGAACAAUCUCCAAGCGUAUCUCUAACCACGCCAUCAGUAGUGCGAAAAUUCGGCGAUCCCAGAAGCAGCAGGUUCGCCUGUCAUUCCAAUUCUUCUACCCAUCCGUCGUGUGCACAUUGUCUUCCAUCAUGUUCUUCUCUAUGCCCCUCUAUGCUCAUCUGAUGACCAGAUGGCAUUUCCUCAUCUCUCAUCUCGUGUGGCUGGCCAACCAUCUGUGUAAUCCCUUAAUCUAUGCUUAUUUCAACGGCCGGAUGCGGGAGACGCUAGCGUUGUGGCUACGAUGUGAAAGGGACAAUGGGAAUAGUAUCGCUGAGAAGGGGAAGAAUAUCACGACGUUUGGCCAGAGUUGCAUGACGGAGGGGCGGAAGAGCACGAAGGACCAAACAACAACCCUCCUCAACUCAUCAGCCGUCAAAAAGUUUAGCCUUCCCUCGCUGCGAAUUCAUCAUGUUCCAAGAGCGCCUCGUGGAAGCCAGCCAUCUUGCGAUAUGGCAGUUUGCACGGCCCCACUCCCUAUUGUUGAAGAAGUCCAAGAAGCCGGCCGGAAGCUGACUUUC